CUGGGCAUCGAGACGGACGGAGGAGUCAUGGCGCCCCUGAUCAAACGGAACACCACCAUCCCCACCAAACAGAAUCAGAACUUCGCCACCUACACCGACCACCAGCCCGGAGUCCUGAUCCGUGUCUUUGAAGGAGAGAGAGCCAUGACCAAGGACAACAUCCUGCUAGGCAGGUUGGAGCUGUCGGGGAUCCCGCCCGCUCUGGGAUUAGUACAUCGGCUCGUGGUGACCUUCGACAUCGACGCAGACGGCAUUCUGAACGUGUCUGCUGUGGACAAGAGCACGGGAAAACAAAUCACCAUCACCAACAAGGGCCGCCUGAGCAAGGAAGACAUUGAGAGGAUGGUUCAGGAAGCAGACCAACACAAGGUAGAAGACGAGCAACAGAGGGAGAACAUAGCGGCCAAGAACACCCUGCUAUACUACGCCUUCAACACGAAGAGCAGCCUGCGGGAGGACAACCUGAAGGACAGAGUGAGUGAGGAGGACAGGAAGAAGGUGGAGGAGAAGUGUGAGCAGGCCAUCCUCUGGCUGGAGGACAUCCAGCGAGCGGAGAAAGAGGAGUACCAACACCAGCUGAAGGAGUUGGAGAAGCUGUGUCAGCCCAUCAUCCCCAUGCCGAUAAACUUUGCACUUUUGAAUCUUCGAGGCCUCUAUGAUGAUAAAAUGGCUCAUUUGAAAGCAGGAACGCCACGCAGGCAGCCUGUGGACCACCAGAGGGCGCCAGAGCAUGGCUUCACCCAGCAGUUUGUCCACCAACAGCAGCUACUGGAUGCGGAGGCGAUCUACCUGUGGCUGAGGGAGUUCCAGUUGGAGCAGUACACGGGGAACUUCAUCAACUCUGGCUACGACGUUCCCACCAUCAGCAGGAUGACUCCCGAGAUUAAUCUGUUACAUGGCAGUUAG